AGAGACUUACCGAGGCACAUUAUAUCAGAGAGAUCCCUGAAUUACGUUGUGUUUUUCUACUUAGGGUAGCGGAGACUUUCAGUAGAGGUAUUAUCCUGCGAAUGAUCUGAUAAUGCCGUUGCACUGCACGCUUUGGCUUUAGAACGUCAUUCUCCCCGAAACGAAUCCUACAAGCCACAGGGCCAAGACUUUCGUAUAGCCUCAACAAAUAGCAGCCACUCUAUCAAUCCGAUAAAAUCAAAAGCGAGAAUCGCAAUCGGAGAGAACGAUCCCUACAAUACCGACUAUUCUUUAACUCGGGGACAAAUAAGAACCCAAUAAAAAGAAUGACGGAUGAACUAACGAAGCCGAAAAAAGGAUUGCUGUGCCGUUCGGUGCUUAUAAAUGAUCGCCCGAAGAGCUUCAUACCGCUCUAUUUAAGCUAGAAUGGUAGGUUGCACAAACGCCACGAGAAACAUGCAAGUCUUCCACCAUAAUUCUGCAGCGUUUCCGAUACAAUGUCCUUAGCUCAGCCCGGUCUUCAUCUGCCCGUCACCGGGUUCUUCGCGCUCCCAUUCGCUGCGUAUGGCAUAUACCUAGCGGGCCGCGUAGGAUUAGCUCGCAUAUCGCAAAAAGUCCUGCUUGGGGAUAGGACGCCACAGCAGUCGGGCGACGGUACUUCCAUCGCGUCGAAUGGUUGGAAGACAAGCAAUGAUCCUUUGCAGCAGGCGACGCGCGCGCAUCAAAACUUCGUCGAAUACGUCCCUCUCGCCCUGGUCCUCGCCGGUGUCGCCGAGCUGAAUGGCGCCGACCCGAAAACACUGCGGAACCUCCUAGCAACAUUGCUAGCAGCCCGCGUCCUGCACGCGGACUUCGGACUCAGACAGCGCGAUGCGCAUGGUAUUGGACGGCCACUUGGCUUCUAUGCCACGGCUGUCGUGACCGUAUGGCUCGGGUGGCUUUCGGCAAGUUUGACUUGGUUUUAGAGUUUGCACAAUCUAGACGAUGGGAAGGGGAAGAGAGUACAAAAGAAAACCAUAAGAAAGCAGACUAAGGAAGUGAAGUGGAAUGGUGUAAAAUGUUGAGUCCGAAAAGUCAAAGGGUCAACCAGCAAACUUAGCGACACUUGUCCCUCCAGAACGUAAAAUACUAUAGAUUGAAUUAGAGUUAAUCUAAUAUCGAAUAAACAGUGCUAUCUUAGUAGAAGCAUAAUGAGGAUGAAAUAAGGAUAUAGUUAGAGUAUUGAAAGAAGCUUAUUUUAAGAAACUCGCGGAAUUUGAGUUUAGAAGCGCAUAUCCGUGACACUUGUCAAUGCCAAAAGAAAGUUCGAGCUGUCAACCCUGUCAAAUCUUUGACAGGUACCUUACUCAACGUUAGG